UGAGAAGACUCAAUAGAGCAAAGUAAACGAACUCAGAAAAGUUGUUCAAUCCGUACAAACUGAAACUAAAAUACGGAAACAGAGAGAUUUGGUUGUGUGUUAGAAGAAUGGAACCAAACUACGAAGAAGAUGUUUUCCUCGGCAAGUAUCAGCCAUCGGAACUUAAGAUUGCUUCUGAAUUUCUUACGACUUGGUUGCCUUUCUUAUCUAGAGAUCUCUGCAACGACUGUGUUCAUGUUCUCUCCGAUCGAAUCCGUUCUCUAGACCCAGAGCGUUGCAUUAACAUAGAGAAGGUUAAUGGAGAAGAUAAAGCGGCUUCGGGUUCAAUGGUGGAGAACAUGGAAUCUGAAGAUUUUGAUAAUAAGAUGGACAAUAUUUAUGACGGGAAGUUUUGUGAUUCUCACUCAUUAGAUAGUUUGAAAGCUGGGGGUUCUGAGGCGGCGAGUCCAAGAAUUUCUUGGGCUGAUAUGGGAGAUGAAGAUGGAUUGGAGGAGGAAGAACAAAAAGAUAGUGGAUUAGGUUCACAGGGCGUUGAUGUGAGUUCUUUAGCUGGAGACUCGAUGAAGACUCCCCAGAAGCGUAAAUUGUCUAGGGAAGAAAGAGAGCGUUAUCGAUUUAUGAAUGUGAAGAAAAUGAAAGUGUUUUCUUGUUUUGAGAAAGUUAGAGGGAGGUCUGUUAAUAUUCUCGAGGGACUUGAGUUGCAUACUGGUGUUUUUAGCGCGGUGGAGCAGAAAAAGAUUGUUGAUUUCGUCUAUGAACUACAAGAGAAGGGUCAAAGAGGAGAAUUGCGAGACCGUACUUUUACCGCUCCGCAUAAGUGGAUGAGAGGCAAAGGACGAGUUACUAUCCAAUUCGGAUGUUGUUAUAACUAUGCACCAGACAAAGCGGGAAACCCACCCGGAAUCCUUCAACGCGAAGCGGUUGAUCCAAUACCGUCUCUUUUCAAAGUAAUAAUCAAAAGGUUGGUUGGGUGGCAUGUACUUCCUCCAACUUGUAUCCCAGAUAGUUGUAUCGUCAAUAUCUAUGAUGAAGGCGAUUGCAUACCUCCUCAUAUCGAUAACCAUGACUUCGUCCGCCCUUUCUGCACAGUAUCAUUCCUUAGUGAGUGCAAUAUACUCUUCGGAUCAAAUCUCAAAGUCGUAGGACCUGGUGAAUUCUCCGGUCCAUACUCUAUGCCGCUUCCUGUCGGAUCAGUUCUAGUGCUAAAGGGGAAUGGAGCUGAUGUCGCUAAGCAUUGUGUACCUGCGGUUCCCACAAAGAGGAUAUCAAUCACGUUUAGGAAAAUGGACGAGUCGAAAAGACCAGUAGGAUUCACCCCGGAACCUGAUUUACAAGGGAUUAAGCCGUUGCCGUACGAGCAGACCACGCAGAGUACUCCUGCUGCUGCGGCCAUUAGCUCUUCAAGAUCCAGCAACGACCAAAAUGGUAGUAAUCACAACUAUCGAACUGCACAUGGAGAAGGAAGCAAGGAUCGUAGGUCGAGAGAUUAUCGUUCUGAGAGUCGAGAGUGGUCAUCAUCGGGCCAACGAAGAGAAAAGUCACGGCAUACUCCUAACAGGUCUUAUAGACCCAAGGCUACUAGAUCCGACAACGUCUGAGAAUUUGUUUUCGAUUUUUAUUCCUUUUGUAAUACGAACUUAAUUUUUUUUUUUUUUUUUGGUAUGGAUACGAACUUAAUAUUUGAUGUUUUACUUUUAAAGAAACAUAUCUUUGUGAUUAGUGUACUCUUUUCAAACAAAUACUAUAAAAAAAUUCUUUGAUUA